AUGAGUCCAAGAGGUGAAGAGCCAUCCAUUGUUAACACAUAUGAGACUUCAGCUCCUGUGGUGCUGAGGCAGAAGCAGAGGAAAAAGCAGCGGUACAUUCAGAAAGACGGCCACUGCACGGCGACCCUGCGGCAAAGCUCUGGAAAGUGGAGCCAUUACCUCCAGGACAUUUUCACUACGCUGGUAGAGAUCCGAUGGAGGGUGAUGUUUCUGUUCUUCUCACUCUCCUACAUCACGUCCUGGCUCUUCUUUGGACUCAUCUAUUGGCUGAUCGCGUUCGUCAACGGGGACUCCACCAAUCCAGACACUGAGCUGUGUAUUGCAAACAUGCGCGAAUUUACGGCCGCGUUCCUUUUCUCCAUGGAAACCCAGAGGACCAUCGGCUAUGGGUACCGCUUCAUGACGGAGAAGUGCAUGGCAGCUAUCGUGGUAGUGACGAUUCAAGACCUCAUGAGCUGCUUCAUGAACACCUUCAUCAUCGGUGUCGUCGUGGCAAAGAUGUCGUCGGCACGGAAAAGAGCUCAGACCGUGGGAUUCAGCAACUGCGCGGUCGUCAACCUUCGUGAUGGGGAAUUCUGUCUGUGCUGGCGUAUUGGAGAUUUUCGGGGAAACCAUAUGCUGGAGGGCACUACAUCGGCACAGCUGAUCCGCCAUACCCAGCUGCCCUCAGGAGCUGUGUCUGUCACUUACCAGGACCUGGAGAUCCAGAACAAGGAUGUGACACUGGUCACUCCUGCCUUGAUAAUCCAUAAACUGGACUCUGACAGUCCACUAUACAGCUUAAGUCCAAGGGACCUCCGAGAGGCUGACUUUGAGCUGGUGGUCACUUUCACCUACACAGACGACUCCAGGGGAAUUCUUCACCAAAACCGCAGCUCCUACACGCCGGAUGAGAUCCGAUGGGCUCAGCGUUUCCAGAGCAUGCUGAAGGAAGGCCAGAGACAUUAUCAUGUGGACUACGCCCUUUUUCAUCAGACAUGCUGGGUCCGAACACCCAUGGUUAGUGCUGAGGAGCGAGACAGAACCAGUGUGAGAGCAGAGCCUGACAAGCCUCUAAUGCCUUUCUCACAACACCUUUCCAAACGCCAUGUUAACAGACAGGUCAAUGGCAAAUCCGACACCAACAAAGAUGCUUACCGAGAGGCUUACCGAGAGGCUUGGCUAUGA